AUGUCGCUUCCGUGGCUGUCGUUCACCAGGAAGGGGCCCGGAGCUAGGAUCGUCCCCGAUGGUCCCGUCACGAUUCCCUACAUCUACCGCCUCGUGUUAACAACGAUCGAGCCCAUAAUCGCCCUCUCCGGGGCUCUGCAGUCGCUGGUGUGUCCCACCGUGUUCAUGAGCAGCAUGACCCGCGGCGCCGUGCCCUUUGUGCCGGAGGUGGGAUUCCUGCACACUGAGCUGGGCGGCGCGUGGCUGUAUUUUGCCUUUGUCGAGGCGGUCGUGCUGCGGGUCUUCGACCGUGACGAGCGGCUGUGGCGCUUCCUCUGCGCGGCCAUGCUGCUCAGCGACCUCGCCUGGUGUCACUCCGUCGCCCAGGCGGUGGGCGGCUGGCACAUCUGGCUCAACGUCCGGAUCUGGUCCGCCGAGGAUCACUUGAUGUUCUGGACCUCCGCCCCGAUCACGGUGAUGCGGAUCCUGAUCGUGAGCGGGGUCGGCCUCCAGAAGGCGGACGAGGGCGCUCCGGUGCAAAGUGAGGUUGGUCAAACCCUAAAGCAUGGCAAGAAGGAGAUUGGGGAUAGCAGGGAUGGUCGUCAUGGGGGUGCAUAG